CGAAGCUACGAGUAAAUUUAGUACGUGGUUGAGACAAGUCGCAAGUUAACAUUCUUAAGUUCAAGAUGCCGUGCAAAGGAUGUGAAAAAGAUUGCAAGUGCACACCAGACAAAUGUGAUGAUCGAUGCAAAUGUGCAAAGGAUGCAAAGUGCCAUUGCCACGGAGGCAAUGUUGGAAAAAAUGCGGAAGGCACAACUAAAUCUUGUUGCAGCGCAGGUGGUGGCGAAAAGAAAUGUGGAAAUUAGGCAAAUUAGGCAAAUACGUAUAAAUUAAAAAUAUACUGUUAUUGAAAUAAUAAAGUGACGAUUUUUAA